ACGUGACGGCGAGCCCGGAUUCCACCUCCUGCUUCAGUCGGACGGCUACACGGAGCGAGGCUAGCUGUUAGCGUUGACUGUCGGGACUGUCAGACGGCCGAGAUGAGUUUCCUAGGAGGUUUGUUUGGGCCGGUAUGUGAGAUAGACGUACUGCUGAAUGAUGCAGAAAACAGAAAAACAGCCGAAUUGAAGACAGAAGAUGGGAAAGUGGAGAAACACUACCUGUUCUACGAUGGAGAGUCUGUGUCUGGCAAGGUGAAUCUAAAUGUGAAGCAGGGAGGAAAGCGACUGGAGCAUCAGGGUAUCCGCAUCGAGUUUGUUGGACAGAUAGAGCUGUUCUCUGAUAAGAGCAACACCCAUGAAUUUGUGGACUUGGUGAAAGAGUUGGCUCUACCUGGAGAACUCGCCCAGAACAGGAGCUACGACUUUGAGUUCAUGCAGGUGGAGAAGCCCUAUGAGUCCUAUACUGGAGCUAAUGUCAGGCUAAGGUAUUUCCUCAGGGUGACAAUAGUCCGUCGUCUGUCGGACUUAGUGAAGGAAUACGAGCUGAUUGUCCACCAGUUAGCCACCUACCCAGACGUCAACAACUCGAUCAAGAUGGAGGUCGGCAUAGAAGACUGUCUGCACAUUGAGUUUGAAUACAAUAAAUCCAAAUACCACCUCAAGGACGUGAUUGUUGGGAAGAUCUACUUCCUGCUGGUCAGGAUCAAGAUCCAACACAUGGAGUUACAGCUCAUCAAGAAGGAGAUAACAGGCAUAGGUCCCAGUACUACCACAGAGACGGAGACGGUUGCAAAGUAUGAAAUCAUGGAUGGAGCUCCGGUUAAAGGAGAAUCAAUUCCCAUCAGACUUUUCCUGGCAGGAUAUGACCUGACACCAACCAUGAGGGAUGUCAACAAGAAGUUCUCUGUACGCUACUUCCUUAAUCUGGUGCUGGUAGAUGAGGAGGACAGGAGAUACUUUAAACAACAGGAGAUUGUUUUGUGGAGAAAAGCUCCAGAGAAGAUCAGGAAAAGAAACUUCCAGCGCUACGAGUCGCCUGAGCCCCGAACCCAGCCAGUUGAUGCAGAGCAGCCAGAGAUGUGAUUGCAAUGCCAUGAACUGGAAAUACACACAGAAACACACCAACUCUUCACUGCUGAACAGCCAGAGGUGUGAGGGCUGCCCCACUAUCUCCUUGGACUGAGGAAAUGUACACAUGAAUACACAUAACAUACAUUCAGACAUACCCAUCACUACUCCACAGCUUCAGGUGUGAGCGGCCCGACCACCGUACUCUCUCCCCCAGGACUGAAACACACUCGCAUACAGACGCACAAGCAUACGAUCCAAGAAGGCUGAAAGCUAAAUGUCAAGGUAAGAGUUCAAGUCAAACCAGCCCAAGUUAGGAACAGUGAGGCAGCCUGUUUGAUCUUGGGUUCUCAGAGUGAACACACACACACACACACACACACACACACACACACACACACACACACACACACACACACACACACACGUGAAGCCAUACAGUCUCAGUUUGCUGAAAGCAGAAAAAAAACAGACGGAAAAGAGGAGAUGGCUACAGACGACCACCACACCAUUUAUCCCCUUCUUCUGCAACAGGAGCCUCUUUUCUUUGCAUAUUUGGAUAGCACUUAUCCUGGACUUCCUCUGGCAUCCUCACCUCCCCUUACAAAAUUUCACAAAUCUGGAUUGGAUAUCCAAUGAUUUUAAGUAUUCUAUACAUUUGUGGGGAUCAGCCUGAACGAAGGACACGAGAGGCUAAGAGAUGAGUCAACACACGCUCUGUGUUUAUUCACAAUACUGGAGUUUAAGUUACGAUGACGCCGCUGUGUUCUCGUUCAUCCAUCUAGCUGGGAGCUUCACAGUUCGGUAUGCUGUGACUGCAAAACGGGCUGCUUCUUCCAUGCAAAUGUCUGAUUAGUGCACCAAAUAUCCAUCUUAACAUAAAUGUAAUCUUAUAUUUCAUCUUCAAAUGUGGCUGUUCUGUGAAAGAGAAAACAUUUUCCACUCCAUGUUUUCAGUUUCCGUCAACAUUUCAUUCCAAUCAAGCGAUUGUUUGAUUCAAGAUGGACAUUGUUUUUUCAGUGUCAUUCAUUUUCAUAAAAUAAUUGAACUAAAUAGAAAUCAUUGAAAGCUGCAAUCAAUGAUUCAUUGCAGUAUCCAUUAAUCGGCAUAUUGAUUCAUUUUUUAGUCUGUAAAAUGGGUCAAUCCCUGUAAUCUCAGCGCCUGAGGUGGCAUCUACAAAUGUCGUCUUUUUGUCCGAUUUACAAAUGGACAAUGGAUCGUUGCAGCUCUGAAAGCAUCAUAAACUCAAAUUCACUGCUUGUUCAAGAUUCUUGAGCUCAAUACAACAUUUAAGACUCAUGUUAAGAUGAAUGUUUGAUGCAGUUUUCACUGAUUAGGUUUGUCUGGUUAAUACAGGAUUCCCUCCAAACUGAUCUGGAAAUUCACCCUCUCGCACAAGGCCUUCUGUUUGAUCUUUAAAGUGCUGUUUAUUUAUGACUAAUCUUAAAAAAAGUAAUUUGUUGUUUAUCUGGAUUUACUUUGAGUUAGAUUUCAGUGCCUUGAGCACCACAAAUCAAAUUUCUUUGACCUACAUUUUAUUAGGGUGGAGGAUGAAAUCGUAGAGAGAGAUUACAAAACUUGGACGCAUUAGAUAUGGUUUUUUUUAAUGUGUUAAUUUCGUUUAACUGAACCCUUAAGUUCCCUCAUUUGACUCCCACAUCAGUUGAUGCAAGAAAUAGGUUUUUCUUCUAUAUCUUAAAUUCAAAGCUUAAAGGUUGAAAGUUGAGGACAUUGACCGGCUACUUACACCUGAAAAUGUUUGUCAGUCACCACCACACGAGUAGCGGUUUCUAUUUUCUUUUCAUUUUCAAUGAAUCAAUAGAAAAAUGUAAUUAUGCUAGCCAUGAUCAGCAGACUUUAGAUUUACAUUCAGUUUUACUUUCUUCUGUAUUUCUUUUUCUGUUGUCAGGUUGCAGCAUCUUUGAGUCUGUUGGUGUGGUAUAAGUAGAGUAAUAAUGUUUUUAAAAAAUGGCUCAAGGCUGCUAUUGUGAGCGCUGGAAGGGAUGUUGUAUCAAUAUACUGUAGAAUCCAACAAUAUUCCACUGUGACGCUCAGACCGGCAGUUUAGGUCCUGCUUUAAAGACACACACUCACACAGUUUGGUGAUGUUCGCGGUCUUGUGUGUUGGUUGAAUUUGCCCUUAAGCUCUGAUCUGUGGCAAGUUUUGCACUUUCCACUUCGAUACUUAACUUUGUUUCAAAGAGGCAUGAAAGCUGAAACUAAACAUCACUCAAGAACAACGUCACCUCAGAGAUUUCCUGUGUCUACAUUUGAAAUUACACUGUCAUUUAUACAUCACUACUUGUUUUUAUUGGACUGGCUAAGAAGUACAAUAUUUGGUUGCUUUUUGUCUCUCAUGUACAAGUCAUUCUGUCAUGUUAUAUGUUUCAUUUCAUAAACCCCUGAACACUCACAUCUAUAGCUCGGAUGUAUUUGUUCCUUUGCAAUAUGUUUUUCUUUUUUUUGGGAAUAGUGUAAUUUAUUUGCAGGUAAUGCUGUCUUUCUGCCUGAGACGUUUUCUGUCUUUUCAAACACUGUACGGUUAGGGUUUGUUUUGUGUACUUUAAAUACCUUCAAAGGUAAUGAAGAAACACGUAAAGCGCAAAACUCUCUGUCCGUCUUAUGUACUGCAUGUUAAUCUGUACACAAUGUCCAAUCAUGCCAUCAACAUGCGUGUCUGUGUGUGUGUGUGUGUGUGUGUGUAUGAUAUGUGUAUAUACACCAAACCAAUAUAUAUAUAGCCAAAAUGAAUCGUAAAUAAAGCAAAUUUAUACAGAAUAUAUUCUCAACAACACUUUCUUUAAAACGACAUGUAGUCAUAAAAGUUCUGUUUUGUAAACGAGUACAUCUAAUUAUGUUUUGUGCAAAGAAUGAAUCCCUAAAAUUGAAACUAAGUCUCUUGAAAAUACCCACAGCCUUUAACUAAGUUUUUUCUAAGUCACACACAUUCAAUAAGAUAAUUUACAUUUGUCUGUGUAAGGCUUUUUCAAUUGAUAACCACCUGGGAAAAAGUAUAUGAGAGACGAUAGAGAGACUUUAAUUGCUUGACUCAUUGUAAAUAUUUUAGGUAUUCAAAUACAUCUGAUGGAACAUUGCAUGUAGUAUGUAUUAGUUACAAAUUUGAUAAGCAAUAUUGUGGGGGCUGGUGUGGUGAAUUUAGGGUUAUGACAGUAUGUCUGCUAGAAGACAAAGGCAAUAGAUACAUUUAGAAAAAAAACUUUUUUUAUAAAUU